CACCCCAGAAUACCAAGCCACAUAUCACUCGACCAUGUGAUAUGCCGCGGAAAUGCAACCAGCUCAUUUCUCAAUCCUUCCUCUCUCUUGUCGCGCGUAGUAUUUGACCAUGAGGGAUCCGCAUGGCUUUGGGAUGGGUAGCCUGGAUUUGCUCACCUUACACUCGUUGGAUAGAUUCCUCUCCCAUGGUUGGCGCUGGCAGUCAACCCGUCCCCUCGUUUGCUUUUUAUAUUGAAUUGAAAGCGUAGUAUGGCUGGUUUCGUGCCGCCAACGUCGCUUCAAACUAAUGGUCCAUUGCCGCCUUCACCGGAAUUUCUGGCAGAGACUAUAGGGCCACACCUGAUAGCUGCGAGUUGCGUGUUCAUCGUCCUGUCGACUGCGUUCGUUGCACUCAGAUAUUGGGCACGGUACCUGACGCAUACGAAGUUCGGGAUCGAAGAUGUCCUCAUUCCAUUUGCAUGGCUCGCUGAGGUGGGACUCUGCAUCACUGGAAUCGUAAUGGUGGAAACCGCGGGGACCGGCCGGCACUUAGCCUACGUCGUGACGCAAGACGAAUCUAUGAUUAUAGAGCAUUUCAAAGGAACAAUGCUCUGCGAGAUCCUCCACUUCCCUGCCGUGGCCAUCCCAAAACUCUGCGUCGUCAUUCUGUACCUUCGCAUCUUCACGGAAAAGUGGGCUCGCCGUGCAACCUGGAUGCUGAUUUACGUCAUCGGCGCGACAUGGCUGUCGUACACCAUCGCGACGAUGUUCCAAUGCGUUCCUUUCGCCUUCAAUUGGAACAAGAAUAUUCCAGGUGGUCGGUGCUUCAAUGUGAAGGCCUUCGCGACGAGUAGUAGUGUGCCUAAUAUUGUGACUGAUGUCGCGGUGCUGGUGCUCCCAGUCAAGACGAUUAUGGAGUUGAAGAUAUCGAAGGGCAGGCGGUGGGGCCUUAUGUGUAUAUUUUUGACAGGUGGUAUUGGGAUCGUGGCGUCUAUUGCUAGAACUGUUGUUUUUGGGAGGGUUGAUCCAUUGGAUGAUCCUACUUUCAAAACCGUUGAACUCAUCACCUGGACAAUCGUUGAGCCGGGUCUCUAUCUUUUCGCGGCCUGCGCGCUAUCUUUCAAACCUCUGUUCCGCAUGGUCGCGAGAGGUCUUCAUCUGGACAGGCUCGUCACGUCUACCCGCACAACGUACGCCGGCCGCAAGACAGGAAAAGGUCGGACGAUAGGUGUACCAGCUAGUGACGAUGGUGGUAUUCAAUGUGACACGCCUGAGUCCUCACAUCAGGAAUUCCGUCAACUCGAACCGCUGAAGGGACUAGGAGAUGGAGAUUUGGAAAUGGGGUGGAAGGAGGGCGACGAUGAGGUAAGUACCAUCGCUGAGACAGACACGACGUCUGAUAAGGAUGUAAGAGUUGAUAGAGUGAGGUUCGAAGAUAGUGGUGAACUUCGAGAUGAGAAGAUGGUUGUAUAAUUACAGAUGUACCUAUACCAUGAAAAGGAUGUGUGGCUGGCGUAAAGCCCAUCUAGAUAUCCAAGGCGCCACCAGGUGGGAAAUUUCGUUCUCCCAAUCUUUGAAGAAUAUGAAAAUGGGCUGCUUGAUGCCGAAGAAUGUGUAUCCAUCAAUGCUGCGGAGUGACUCAUGUAGCCGUUGGUUCUAGGA